AUGAGCCAACCAUCGAGGUCUACCUCAGCCGAUUUAGCAGUGCACAAGCGCAAAGUCGAGGACGUGCGGCGAUGGAUCUCGGAGGCCUUUGAAGGCGGGCCGACUGGGAAGCUUCGAAAAUAUCGCCGGAUUCUGGUCCUCUCUGGGCCUGCUGGUACCGCAAAGACCACCACACUACGUGUGUUAGCUCGAGAGAUGGGUUUCGAAAUCGUCGAGUGGCGCAACAGCAUGAGCGAACGCGCCCCGAGUGCUUUUAUCGACGAUUCCAAGGACCUUGGCGAUGACUCUUGGAUGAAUACGGAAGCAUUGUUCGACAAAUUUCAGGCAUUCCUCACGAGAGCUUCCUCAUGUUAUUAUAUUUUCGCUGCAAGUUCUGCAAUCGCAUCGACGCAGUUGCGAUCUCGCAGCCAUCCACACCAGGGUCUGCCUAAUAUUCUGCACGCGAUUUCACGAUGCCUUGCAGUCGCUCUGCGGCUCUUCAUUAUAUCUGACUCAGAUCUCCGCGGCGAGAAUGCUUAUGAUGAUGCGUGGGACGGCGUGGGCGAUGCGCGUUGCCCAUACGUCACGCGCAUCGCUUUCAACCAUAUUGCACCGACGCUGAUGACCAAGGCCCUGCAGGCGAUACUCACUUCUCUCCCCUUGUAA